AUGGAAAUGAUAAUAGAUGUGCAAGGAUUUAAAGGCUCACACAAUCAGUUUAUUGUAGAAGAACUUGUGUCAAUUACAGUCCAACAUAAAAUUGAUGGUGUUGAAGAAAUGUCAUCUACUGAUAACGAUCAACCACUCGUAAAAAAACGCAAAUUACGGAGCAAAUUUGGUUUUCAAAUAAAUAUAGAAGAGGCUGAUCGAAUAGCAGGGUCUAUUGACUCAAAUAGUGAAAGAGUAGUAAGACAAUUCAGUCAACUAGCAUUGGAAGCUUCUUUUUCUAUAAUUAAUCAAUCAGGUAUUGAUAUAAACAAUGAAAUAAACACUGAAAUAAAUAUCAGUAUUAGAAACGAUGCCAAUAAUUUUGAAGAUAAUGAUAAUUGCACAGACGAAAGCAAGUUUGAUACAAAUCAAAAUAAUGAUAGUGAGACUAGUGAUAAAGAUAACGAGAUCACUGAAAGAGGCAGCCAUACCAUUGUUUUGAAUAAUAAUGAUAGAAAUCAGGAGAAUACGCAAGAAAGACGAAUAAUUUUGAAUAAAAUAAGAAAUGUACCGAUUUUCAGUGAUAAAUAUUGUAUAGUUGAUGUAACACAAUCAAAUGGAAAAAACAGAAAACGCUUUGAGAAUUUUCAACAGUACCUAGAGUACGAAAAAGAAUACAAUCAAUUGAAAAAAAGAAUUCGCAACCCUGGUGGCAAGUACAAAGUUCCAGAUGAAACGCCGUAG